AUGUUUUCUCGCUUGAAGUUAUCACAUCAGAUUUCUAUCCUCAAGCCACAGGUGGAAGAGUUGAACCGGAAAGAGGAGCGAAGGAAACGACUGGCGGCACAGAAGUCAAACGGCGUUCCUGCAGGUUUGGGGAGUGCUCAGUUGAGGAGUAUCCAGCGUCGUCUUGCUCAAGAAACCUCAAUGUUGGAUGCGGCGAGGGCUCAGGCAGACUAUUUAACAAAGAGACUUCAAAUGCACGAUGUUGUGUGA